AUGGCACGGCAUGUGGAUCUGGUGAGGGAGAGGUUUGGGGAAGAGGUCCUGCAGUCGCUACUGGCACGUUGGGCUGAGGCGUGCCCACGCGGCGCAGAGCGGCUGAAGCUGGAUUAUUUCCUCAAGCUCGGCGAGCCAGCACCCUGCUGCUUUGGCUGUGUGGAGGCACUGCCCGGCCGGAGCACCUCGGUUCCGGUGAUUCUGCAGGGCCAAUCCCAGCGCAGUGGGUAUCAACAGGUCUUGCCUAGCAGGCCAAGCUUGGAGAAAGGCCAAUCCGAGCAGAUUGCCCGUGCUGGUACAGUUGCCACCGCCACGUCGUCCACUGGGCCCACGUCGUUCCGCGCGGAAGCCGCGCCUGCCUGGGGCGGACCAAGUUCAACACGGUCCGCCCCGUCGAGCCGACGUUGCCAGAAGAUCCUGGACAUGAUGAAGCCUUUCCUGGAGAUGAUGUGCGGAGCAGGUCGGACGGACGCGGCCUCCGCGCGCCAUGCGGAGGAUCACAUGCACGAACACCUUGCGAAGAUGGUCUUGUGUGCUCCCGAGACUUGGUUCGAGGUCAUCACUGGAGCGACGCUUCCGUCCGACGCCACGAACGAUUUCACGGCCAUUGGCGUGGCCUUUGAUAGCUCCUCAAGGCUGCGGCGAGCAGGGGUGGAGUACUACCACGACAGGUUGUGGGAGAAGCAUCGCAAGGAUGGAUGCCUCUACGUGGCCUCACUGGAGACACCGCCCUCGCUGGAGCUGCGGAGUUUGCAUGCGCUUCCGGGUGCAGCGUGUCCGUCCGUGCGCAUGGUGGCAGUGAGUGACACUCAUUUGCUCCACGAGAAGUUCGGAUCGCUGCCCGAGGGAGAUCUGCUCGUUCAUGCAGGUGACCUAAGCUUCGAGGAGUCGCGCUCCAAAGAUGCCACGGAGUGCGCAGAGAAGUUGAAGGAGUUCUCUGGUGACUUCAAGGCCUUUCUUCGAUGGUUUCGAAGCUCUUCCAUGGGCUUGACCAGCGCCAUGAAAUGGUUGGGAAGCGUCUCGAAGUUCGAGCAUCGAGUGCUGGUGGGCGGAAAUCAUGAUUACAUCCUGGAGCAGUUGGGACAUGCUCGUGCUCAGGAACUCUGUCAGGACUUUGGAGUUGAGUAUCUCCACACCGCAGCACCACCCUUGGAGUUGCCUUUCUCCACCGGUCGGAGUUUGCGGAUCUGGGGCUCUGGAAUUUCCUUCUAUUCCACCUUGGGCGCCGGUCGUCAAGUCUUAUCGGGCAACCGAGCCUAUCAGAUGGACUCAGCCUCGGGUGAAGCGCAAUUCCUGGAGGAGACGUCCCACCUCCAACCCGGCAGCGUGGACGUUCUCAUCACCCAUUCUCCCCCGGCGGGUGCGCUCUUCGGCAAACGCGAUCAGCCCCGAUGGAUCAAUGAUUUGCUGAAGAGGAUCAGACCUCAGGUCUACUUGUGUGGUCAUGCCCACAAUCCGGAGAAGCUGGACAUCAACCAGAAAGUAGCAGACGUGGAAGGCACCUUCGGCGCACAGUUGGCGAACACCUCUGUUUGGAACAGCUAUGUGGGCCUGCCAUUCGUCUUCGACCUGCCCAAGUUCCAGUGA